UUUCGUUUAGGGACCAUCAACCUCUACACAACCAACAAUGCCGGCGCAGUCUAAUAAGGUUAAAAGACGAAAAAAUAGGAAAAAAACAAAAAGGCUUCAAAAGAAUCAAAAUGGAAAAAACGAUAUUAAUCGUGAACUGAUUUCGAAGCUAUUGAGCUCAAUAAAAAAGAAGUACCAAGUACAAAACUCUCGCACUCGUAAGAAAUUAAACUUUCAAAAAAAGUCGCCGGCAAAACAAACAUCAUUGCCCCUACCAACAUUUUACCAACAGAAAAAGGGAAGUCAAAAUCUAUUAGGAAAUGUGAAUAACACUUUAGAAGAUGAGGAGAGUAUAGAGGAAAUACUGAGCAGUGAUGAUGACUGUGUAUUGAUAGACGAUUCAAACGCUUCAAUAAACAUAGAGGAUGAACAACCAAGUACAAGCGAACAAAUCUUCAAAGAUUUGAAGUAUGUCGAAGAUAAGUGCCGUGAAGCCACUCUGCGUCUAAAGGCAAAAACAGACAACAAAGUUAUCUAUUCUCCCAGAAGCGAUGGGGACCCUCAGGAAGAAGUAAACUCCUCUUGUAUUGUUUUGGAUGACAGUAGUGACACCUUAACAGAUCCUAAAACAAUAGUCAAAGAUGCUAACCAAGCUGUGAUUGUUGUGGAUGACUCUAUUGUGGUUGAAGAUUUCAUUCCAUUGUCGUCCGGGAACCAAAGCGAGAAGAGAAUCGGAAGGAAGAGGAGAAGUUCUACCAAUAAAACGCCGCCCAAGAAAGUCAGAACUCGUAUGAAUGAUAGUCUUUUUACAAAGUCCGAGAAGAAAAAACUAGGUGAUUAUAAUAGCAACACUUACAAUCCCGCGGCUCAUGAAAGUCAAACUGCUGACGCCCCAAAGUCCAAUAAACGAGCCGUCAUAAUUGAUGGAAGCAAUGUGGCCUUUGCCCAUGGCAGAUCGAGCAUAUUCUCGAGCGAGGGUAUCAAAAUCUGUAUCGAUUACUUUGACAAAAUGGGGCACAAUGUCAAGGCUGUAAUGCCAUUGUUUCGGAGAAACGCCAGUAAAUCCUCAAAUCCAGAGUUACUUGAUCAGCUGCACAAGGAGGGCAAGAUUGUUUUUACUCCGUGCAAAAACAUACAUGGCCAGAUGUCCAUCAGUUACGAUGAUCGCUUUAUAUUGCAGCUGGCAUAUGAGAUGGAUGCGGCAGUCGUAUCCAAUGACAACUACAGAGACUUAAUGGGGGAAAAUCCAGCGUUUAAAAAGAUUGUGGAAUCUCGGGUCUUGGGAUAUUCGUGGUGCGACAAUAUUUUUAUUCUGCCUAAGGAUCCAUACGGGCGCUGGGGACCUACCCUAUCUGAAAUUUUGAAAUGUUAGUUUAUGUUCAGUUUAGUUUUUCGUUUAAAGUUAUAAAAGUCGAAGCAUUUAA